GGUAAUUUACCGAUUUACAGGUGAAAGCCGCUGUACUUGGCAGAGUAUUUGAUAGCUGAAAUUUGGUACAGGUUAAUUUUAAUAAAUCGAUUAGUUCUCUCAGCAUGGGCAUUUUAUUGCCCCUUGCUCUUUGCUUCUUUCCUCUCUUCGCUGAUGCAGUGCUUCAUUCCUACAUCAUCACCUACACUAAAGUACAGGGUGUUCCAGGGGUUGAGUUUACUGCUGUAACAGAAGUGGAUAAUCAGGAGGUUUGCUACUAUGACUGUAACAUUCAGAAGCUGAUUCCCAAACAAGAGUGGCUGAAGAAAACUGAAUUUGAAGGCUUUGUGAAUGCAGUUGCUGAAAAAAAUAAUCAAUCAUGCAUGCUCUUCACAAAGUAUACUGACUACGUCAAGAAUCUUUUCAGCCAGACUGAAGGUGCAUACGUUUAUCAGAGGAGAUAUGGUUGUACCUGGGAUAAUGAAACCAAAUAUUCUAAUAAGGUUGAUGCAUUUGGAUAUAAUGGAGAGGAUAUCAUUACACUGGAAGAGAAUAAAUACAUAGUUUCAAAGCAAGCAAGGGACAAGUGGGAUGAAAACAUUGCAGAAGGUUUUCUUGAAAGACGCAAAAAGGAUUGUGUUAUCUGGCUGGAUAAGUUCUUGACCUAUGGAAAUGUUGAGAGAAUAGUUCCACCUAAAGUAUUUCUAGUCCAGAAAGACCCCUCCUCUCCAGUGGUGUGUCAAGCCACAGGUUUCUUCCCAGCAAAUCUGACAAUUACCUGGACAAGAAAUGGACGUCACCACAAUAAUAGCGUGGAACUUGGAAAACUAAUGCUAAAUGAAGAUGGAACCUUCCAAAUCAGCAGCACCCUAAAAGAUGAGUGGAAAUGGAACCAGUAUUACUGUGAGGUGAACACACCUUACGGUGAUUGGAUAUCUAGGGGUAAAGCUCAUCUCAAAUGUAAUACUGAUUCUGUAACACACGACUGGCCUGACUGGAACACCAUUGGCUAUGGAGUGCUUGUUGUGAUUGUUCUGCAGAUUGUUACGCUGUGUGCAUUGGCAUAUAGUUGGAAAUGCAGUAAGUCCAGCAAAGGUUCAUUUACCCAAGAGCAGAAGUCCCUGCUUCCACCUACUAACAGCAACAGAUAAAUUCUUAUCCUUUGGGAAACAAUGAAUAUUUUAGCAUUUUUGUUUGUACUUAUAUUUAUGGGAAGAAGUUACACUGAGAUUUUUGAGAUAACAACUUCAUGGUAUUUUCCUGGUUUAAUCUUCAUAAUCUUUAUUUCCAAAUAUGCUUCUUAUGCAUAACGUUUUGUUGUCUUUACCAAUAUUUAAUGAACAUACAUUUUGUUUAUAAUGGUAUGUGGUUAAUACAUUACAUAUUUUUUUUAUUUGUUAUUCAUAUGUGUAUUUGCAAUCAUUUGUCUUUUAAUCAUUUAAUAAUUCCAUUUAAUCAUAUAAUCGUUUAUUAUGCAUCAUAAAACCAUUUAUUCAUUUUUAUUACUCAUUAUUUCACUUUUUGAUUGCUCUUGUAGUGCUUGUGAAGCAUCAAUUUCCACUGCAUUCAUUUUGGUAUCAAACCUUUUGUUGAAUUUGUGCUUGUAUGAAUUCUGACAAAGAGCAUUAAAAACAGACACAACUAAGAUAAAAAAAAAAUAAAAACCUGCUUAUUUUUACCAUCA